GAUUGGGAAAAGUGUUAUUUUUGGCUUUGUCCCCCAGUGUAAACAAAAAUAUUGGAAUUUUAAAUGUCACCUUCAGUUUGGAAUUUGUCAGAUCGGAUCCGGAUUAUAUCCAUCCUUGUUUAGUUCGUAGUGAAAGUAGUUUGUUGCAUAGAAAUUUGGAAUAGUUAAUUACUUGCUGAUAUAAGCCACUUUUAUGUUGGUAACCUUAAACGUCAAUGUCAUCUGUCAUAGUGAUAUUGACAGUUUUUCAAGGUUAUGUUUGUUGUGGGCCUUGACAAGUCCCGACUGGCUAACCCAAAUAAAAACAUAAUAAUAGUAAUUCUAGAAAAAAAAGCCCUUUUAUCGAUAAAUUCAGGGUGGAAAAAAUGGAACUUUUUCGCACCUCUGAAUUUUACAUCUUUGCCAAAGGCGAACACUCCUUGUGGUGGGACCGGAACACGGGGGCAUACAUCCCCAAAACUGGUUGGGAUUUACCGGACGCAGAAGACCCCAUUUGCUUAGGAGUGUGCGAUGGUAUCAUAGGAAAAGUGGAGCACAGUCCCCUGUUUGAUCCCCGCCUUUUACUCAUAAAGGAAAGCUCCCUUGUAGGGAAACUACAUGGCAACAAUGACGUUUACAAAAUUAAAUCGGUAGUGUUUUUGCCUUUGAGCAUGGAAGAUGCGGAGCUCAACCUGAAACCUUGCUCAAAACAUCAGUUUUCCGGCAGCACAAAAAAGCCGUUGAGCAAAAGCUCACUUUUAGAGCUUCAGAAGAACACUUUUAGUAAAACGUGGGGCAGUUUAAAGGUGGCAGGGAACACCAUUAAGAAUACCACUCAGCAAGCGGCCGCUAUGGCUUCCGGUACCCCUAAAAGGGACAAUAUAAAGGACAAGGAUAAGUUUGAGAAGCAAAUUAUUGAAGAGUUUUAUAAAAUUUUCAAUGAUACAAGUUCAUUUUACUACUCACUUACUACCGACUUAACUAAUUCCUUGCAGAGGCUUUGCCACUUGGAAAAAAACAAUUUGAUUAAUAAUAAAUGCUUAUGGAAGACUGCUGAUGAUAAGUUUUUAUGGAACAAACAUAUGCUGGAGUGUUUGCUGAAGAGUCAGAAUCCGUUAUGUGACCCAUGGAUUUUACCAAUAAUUCAAGGGUACAUACAGAUAUCUGAGUGUACGGUGGAGGUGGGGCCUUAUAUAGGCAUGGACGACAAGGACAAGCAAUAUGAGAUUUUUACAUUAUGUAUUUUAUCUAGAAGGAGCCGGUUUAGGGCUGGCACAAGAUAUAAAAGAAGAGGUGUGGACGAGGACGGAGAAGUGGCAAACUACGUGGAAACCGAACAAAUCAUCAUGUACCAAACGCACGAGGUCUCUUUUCUGCAAGUGAGAGGUUCAGUGCCGGUAUUCUGGUCACAGCCGGGGUACAAGUAUCGACCACCCCCCAGAUUAGAUAAAGGUGAGGCAGAAACCGCUGUGGCAUUCGAAAAACACUUUUCCAAAGAAAUUCAUAAGUACGGACCAGUUUGUGCCGUUAAUUUAGUGGACCAAAGUGGCAAAGAAAAAGUGAUUUUCGACGCCUACUCGCACCACAUGCUCCUGUUGGAUAAUCCGUUUAUUACUUAUGUGACGUUUGAUUUUCACGAGUACUGUAAAGGGAUGCAUUUCGAGAACGUUUCCAUACUGAUUAACGCGGUGGCCGACGUGAUUAAGGACAUGAAUUACUGUUGGAGGGACAAGCAGGGGCACAUUUGCUCCCAAAACGGGGUUUUUAGGGUGAACUGCAUGGAUUGUCUGGAUCGAACCAAUGUGGUCCAAACAGCCCUUGGUAAGGCCGUGAUGGAAAUCCAAUUCUGCAAGUUGGGGCUGGUGUCCCCCGAGGGCGAGAUCCCCAUUAAUAUAAAAAACACUUUUCAACUCUUAUGGGCAAACAAUGGGGACGCCAUUAGUAAACAAUAUGCAGGCACUAACGCCCUAAAAGGCGACUACACCAGGACGGGAGAGAGGAAAUUCACCGGGAUCAUGAAGGACGGCAUGAAUUCCGCCAACAGAUACCUAAAAAACCAUUUCAAAGACUCGGUACGACAAUGCGCCCUCGAUAUAAUGGGGGGCGUAUCCCCCGCGGAAUACGAAAUCCGGGAUUUCUGGACUUAUUUGCGGGUGGCGGGGUGUAUCGCGGACGAGUAUCUGCCCCGGGAGCCUCCUCAGCUCGCGCCCCAUUUGGCCCUUCAACAGGAGUUCGAAUUGCUGGGUCUCGUUUAUCAAAUCUCUAGGUACUACCUAAGCAGAUUCAAAGAUUCCGCACGUCAAGGCACCAUAGACAUCAUGUUGGGCAAUUACUUGUCCGAGGAUGACCUGUUUAACGAGUCAAAAGCCGCCUACGAAGAAGACAACUUGGCAACCGCGGAACACGUGAAACUCCUGAUCGAAGACUGUAAAAAGAUGCUGAUCAGCGCGCCCGAACUGGUGGUGGGGUCGUGGGGUCUGAUCAACGCCGACCCCGCCACCGGAGACCCCAACGAAAUCGAGAUGGACUCGAUCCUGAUACUCACCAGGGAGUUUUACUAUGUGGCGGACUACGACGAUCAGCUUGAUAAAAUAACGAAAUAUCAAGAGGUGAACCUGAAGGACGUCGACUUGUUGGAGUUCGGGAUGCCGCAGAGCUCCAACACCCUCUUCCGCACUCAGAAGAACAAAUACUGCAUCCGGCUCAAUUAUAAAGUGAACGGGGUCAGCGGGUACUAUCACAUGUUCAGGUCCACCCAUUUGAGGUUCUUUAACAGUAUGGCGAUCAUUAUUAAGAACGUCGAGGAGGAAAUCGAAUCCCUCAAGACGAUUUGCGAAGCCUUCCAGGUGGCCAUAGAGUUGGCCGGGUUGCCUUCGGUGCCCUGUAACAUGGGACAGGCGUUAGAUCGCAGGAAAUCGAAAGUUGUUUAUGACAGAACGGCUAGUACCAGUAGUAUUUAUCUGGAUUUAGCCAGUUUGCCUCAGAUUACGCGGAACGUAUCGGAGACCCAGUUGAGCGCUAUUAAAAGUGCCGGGUCAAAAGCCUUGACGAAUAUGACGCAACAGCUGUUAAAACUGAACAAGAUCCCGUUGAAGGCGAAACUGAGAACGAAACCGAGCUUCACCAUAGGAAAACGCGACGAAAUAUCGAGCGAUUCCGACGAGGAACGUGACAAUUCAAUUUUCCAACCGUAUAACCGUGACUCGGAAAACUCCAGUAUCGAGCAGGGCCUGGAAUGCACCGAGACCCCCCUGAUCGGCAACGAGGACGAUUUUUUACCCAGCGUGGGCAUAGUGAUGGGUCAGGCCAAUCAGAACGAGGGUCAAAGUCCCGAGGCCACCUUGGAACAAAAACGGAAUUUAUUGAGUAGAGUCGAUUCCUCCCAGUUGGACACCAUGCAGUUGUCCAGCAUCAUGCAGAACGUUUCUAUGGGGGCCAUGCCCGAAAUUCAAGUGAACUCUGAACAUCUGGACCAACAACGUAUGGAACCCCCGAAAACCUUAAAACUGGACCAAAAACACUCGCACUCCUCCGGCGAAAUCGACGGCGAGUCAUCAUCGAUCGUGGAACACCACGACGUGUCAAAGAGCAACAUCAGCCAGAGUCAGAGCGAUUCUGGACUGAAGCAAAAGUUGGCGUCGGUGGCCAGUCCAGUAACUACGGCGAAAGAAUUGUUUUCGCCCCUCAGCAAGUUGGCGAAAGGGGUGCAAACGUUCGGGGCGAAUUUGGACCCGCGUAGACUGAGCGGACAAGUGAGACAGGUGACGUUAAAAGAUAUGGAGGAGCACAAGAGGUUGCAAGAGAAAUGGACGAAUAGUAAGUGCAGAUUGAUCGCCCUCUAGGUACGGGAGAAUGUUGCUGAAAACGCCUUUUAGUUUUGAAUCUCAUUCGAAAUGGUUAUUUUGAACUUCUUAGCGGUGUUUUGCGGGCGUAACGAAAUUUUUAUCAGCGCUCUUUUCAAUAAUAGCAUUUGUUGUUAAGUAAACAAUAAUAAAUAAUGUGCUUAAAUAGUGAAUAGGGAUCAACCGUUAAGAGACGUAUGUCAAUUAUAAUUAUUUUAACUGCUCACGGUAAUUUUUUAUUAAUUUAUUUAUUUAUUUAUUAUCUAGUCAUGAGUAGAUAAUUUAUUGGUUAGGGGCUGCCCUAAUAGCCACAAUAGGCAUGAGGAAAAAUAUUUCAAUUUUCUCGUUUUUCCAAGUAAGUCAAUAAUUAAUUGUCUUGUCCAGGCAAUUGAAUGAACUUUCUCGAAGAAUUCCAGCAAAUCUCAAAAUGUUCAGCUGCUUAGACGAAACAAAUUACUUUACCCUGAUUGCCUGGAUGGCACUUUAUUGACAAAACUCUCCCUAACUCUGCAUGUUUUUGAAAGGUACAAGUAUCCUUAUAUGAAAUUAUUGGAAAACUAUUGCCCCUAAUUAUUUGUUGAAAAUAUUUUGAGGCAUAGGAAUAAAAUGCCCCAGUCAAAACUGCCUAAAAUUUAACCCAAGAAGACGUUUUUACCUUAUCUAAUUAAUCCUUCGUCACCUUUUUAUUUAUUUAGCAACCGAUAGGCUUUCGCCCAAUAACCGAUAGCAAAACAAUUAUUAAUGAUAGGUGAUAUCAGUAACUACAACUUACUUAAGGCUUCUCUACUUCUCUACUUCUGCCAUUUUUCAAGUGUAAUAAAGGUACCUCAAAAACUUUUUUAUAUUUUUCAAUACUAUUUUUAAACAUUGCAUAAAAGGGACUCGAUAUAAUAGAACAAUAUUCCAAAUUACUUCUAACGUAUGCAUUAAGUAUAAGGAAUCGUUAAAAUUCUUUUAUUGUGAAAACUAGUUAAAGUUCUUUAAUUUUUAAUUUUGUAAAAGGGAACUUUGCAAAACCUUAAUGGUUGAACAUCGUAAGAACUUUCAAGAGUGGUUACAGUCACCGAUUGUCUCUUCCAGGCAGUUGAAUACCUUCCUCCUUUUCCAGAAAAAAAAACAACUGCCUGGAAGAGACUUUUCCAGACAGUUGUUUUUUUUUGUUGAGUUUCAACUGUCAUGACGACAAUGACAAUCUUCAGUUAAUAUUUCAAUUUUUCCAAGCAGUUAUUCACAUUUUCUUGCCUUCAACUGCCUGGACGAAACAAAUGGUUACUUAAACUAACUGGAAAAAACGAUAGAACUGCUCGGAUGUUAAUUCUUGGACUUUGUUUUUGCGGUAGAAGAAUCCCUCGUAUUAAUAUUAAUUGAGAAAUAAUGGGAAAAAGUGUCCUAAGCAAAACUGCCUAAAAUAUCCGAGGAAGAUGUUGUUACCCUCAAAUUUAUCUUUAAGAGUCCCUCUUUAAUACUGUCAAAGGGGCAUUUGCAAAUCCAUCAUAGUUAAGCAUUCAAGAAACAACCUUUAACCAAAGUUGGAAUGAUCAAUUAUCUCUUCCAGGCACUUGUACGCACUCCCUCCUUUUCAGAAAUAAAACAAUUGCUUGGAAGAGACAAUUGAAUACACUGCCUAGAGAAAUGGGAAAAUUGAAGGAUUUUUUCAUUCCCAGGAAAAAAUUCAACUAUGGGAUGUUUACUGUCAAGGAUCCAAUUGUUUGGAAAAGUAAUAUUUGAUUUCUUCCAGGCAGUUGCACUACAGAAACCUGUUUACUGCCUGAGAUUUCAACUCUCCGGAAAAAAUGAAAUAUUUCUUUUCUAAACAUUUCUCUUAAACUUUAACUGCCUGGAAGAAUAUACUAUAUUUUUUCAGGAAGUUUACUAUCACAGUCUUAAGAAGAACUGUAGUUAAAUUUGAAGUAUUCGUUUUAUUUUUCGAGGGUUUUCAACUGCCUGGAAAAAUGGAAAAUUUAUAUUUUUACAAAAUUGAUAGGUGGCAGUUUCCAGUUCAUAUUUCAAUUUUUAUAGGCAGUUGAACAUUUUCUCCCUUUCAACUGCCUGGACGAGAUCUAUGGAGGACACAAAAAAUUGAAAAACUUCCCUCACUUUUUUUUCCAGGCAGUUGAAACGUUCCAAAAAAAAAACAACUGCCUGGAAUAAAUUCAAAACUUGUUUUCCUGAUUGAUUACUUAACCACCGGUAUGAUUCCAUGCAUAUGACGCAUUUUCCAAAUGUCCACAAGAAGAACAUAGACUGCUCCACCAGCUGUUUAAUUCAACACUUUUCAUUUAGAUCAAAUGAUUCCUAUAUACACAUCAAAUUUUCUAAUUUUUUCGCUAUGAGAGAUAAAUGGUAGUAAUGAAUAUAGUUGUUAAGUAGCAAUGACUAUACUACGGCAUUUUACUCAGUGAAAGUUCCAUGCAUAUUAUAGUUAAAAUUAUAAUAUGCAUGGCGUAAAUGUUGUAAUUGUUGGAGAUAAAAAAUCCCUCUAACUUUGGAAGCUUUUUAGGUAGAAAAAUCUUGAAAUUAUUGGGAAAGAGUUGCUCAAUUUUCCUGGCAGAGUAAUCAAUUGCCUCUUCCAGGCUUUCCUUGAACAUUUGUCCUUCCUUAAAUACAUUGUCAGGAAAUAAGACAAAAUUGGAAUAUUUAUGAAACCAACUCAUCAAUUUGUGCUAUCAGGGCAUUCAGGAUUAGGCUAAAAAACCAUUGUGAUUUUGUUACGAAAAGUAUUGUGUUAAUUGUUAAAUUAGUAGUAAUAGGAAAAUAAAAAUAUCGUAGUAACACAAA